CGGGCAGGCGGGCGGGCAGGUUGGCGUCCUCUUUCCGGCUGGUCCCCAUGGAGGCGCUGGGGAAGCUGAAGCAGUUCGAUGCCUACCCCAAGACUCUGGAGGACUUCCGGGUCAAGACCUGCGGGGGCGCCACGGUGACCAUUGUCAGUGGCCUUCUCAUGCUGCUACUGUUCCUGUCCGAGCUGCAGUAUUACCUCACCACUGAGGUGCAUCCUGAACUCUACGUGGACAAGUCACGGGGAGAUAAACUGAAGAUCAACAUCAAUGUGCUUUUUCCACACAUGCCGUGUGCCUAUCUGAGCAUUGAUGCCAUGGAUGUGGCUGGGGAGCAGCAGCUGGAUGUGGAACACAACCUGUUCAAAAAACGGCUAGAUAAGGAUGGCUUUCCCGUGAGCUCAGAGGCGGAACGUCAUGAGCUCGGGAAAGUUGAGAUGAAGGUGUUUGACCCUGAUUCCCUGGACCCUAAUCGCUGUGAGAGCUGCUAUGGUGCCGAGACGGAAGACAUCAAGUGCUGUAACUCCUGUGAGGAUGUGCGGGAGGCAUAUCGCCGUCGAGGCUGGGCCUUCAAGAACCCAGACACUAUUGAGCAGUGCCGGCGAGAGGGCUUCAGCCAGAAGAUGCAGGAGCAGAAGAAUGAAGGCUGCCAGGUGUACGGCUUCUUGGAAGUCAACAAGGUGGCGGGAAACUUCCACUUUGCCCCCGGGAAGAGCUUCCAGCAGUCCCACGUGCACGUACAUGCUGUGGAGAUCCAUGACCUGCAGAGCUUUGGCCUCGACAAUAUCAACAUGACCCACUACAUCCAGCACCUGUCAUUCGGGGAGGACUACCCGGGCAUUGUGAACCCCCUGGACCACACCAACGUCACUGCACCCCAAGCCUCCAUGAUGUUCCAGUACUUUGUGAAGGUGGUGCCCACGGUGUACAUGAAGGUAGAUGGGGAGGUGCUGAGGACAAAUCAGUUCUCUGUGACCAGACAUGAGAAGGUCGCCAAUGGGCUGAUGGGCGAUCAGGGGCUUCCUGGAGUCUUCGUGCUGUACGAGCUCUCGCCCAUGAUGGUGAAGCUGACGGAGAAGCACAGGUCCUUCACACACUUCCUGACAGGCGUGUGCGCUAUCAUCGGGGGCAUGUUCACAGUGGCCGGACUCAUCGACUCUCUCAUCUACCACUCGGCUCGAGCCAUCCAGAAGAAAAUUGAUCUAGGGAAGACAACAUAGUUGUCCGUCCUUCCCCCCCAACAAGUCCCUGUUUUCCUUUGGCCUUGUGGUCAUUUUCCCAGCCUCUUACCCCACCCACCCCGCACACCCCCUCUGCAAAGAGUCAGUCGCGGCCCCAGGUUGGUAAAUCUAUCAAUUGUGAUAGUA